AUGGCCCAUCCCGCACAACUAGGUUUUCAAGACGCUGCAUCACCUGUUAUAGAAGAACUCCUUCACUUUCAUGACCAUGCCUUAAUAAUCGUGUUCCUUAUUAGCACAUUAGUCCUAUAUAUUAUUGUUGCUAUAGUGACUACCAAAUUAACCAAUAAAUUUCUAUUAGACUCCCAAGAAAUUGAAAUCAUUUGGACUGUCCUCCCCGCAAUUAUCCUAACCCUUAUUGCCCUUCCAUCCUUACGAAUCCUUUAUUUAAUAGACGAAGUUAAUGACCCCCACCUUACAAUUAAAGCAGUUGGUCACCAAUGGUAUUGAAGCUAUGAGUAUACCGACUAUGAAGACCUAGCUUUCGAUUCAUAUAUAAUCCCUACCCAAGACCUCGCCCCAGGGCAAUUCCGCCUUCUUGAAGCUGAUCACCGAAUAGUAAUCCCUGUGGAAUCCCCAAUCCGAGUAUUAGUAUCCGCAGAAGAUGUCCUCCACUCAUGGGCCGUCCCAUCACUAGGUGUUAAGAUAGAUGCAGUUCCAGGCCGACUAAACCAAACAGCCUUUAUCACAUCACGCCCCGGGGUGUUUUAUGGCCAAUGCUCAGAGAUCUGCGGGGCCAACCACAGCUUUAUACCAAUUGUAGUAGAAGCUGUACCACUUGAACACUUCGAAAACUGAUCCUCAUUACUACUUGAAGACGCCU